CUUUCUUUUUUUUCCUUUAUUAACCAUGAAUCAAGACGAGCCUUUAGAGACACAGAUCAUCACACAACAAAUAUUCGGAAGCAGUAAAAAGAUUCAGUUGAUUGGUUUAACCAAACAAUCAAGGCACCAUGACCAUCAAAAGGAUCAAAUGUCGAUUGAGUCUUUACUUUCUAUUCAUCCAAGACAGUCUCAGACAGCUUCAAGAAAUGACAUCACUAUUGAUAAUUUAUUAACCUAUGAUAUGAAGAGGUCAAGACAUGAUGAAGACCACAAUAAUAAUAACAGCAGAAAGAGAUUUAAAAAGAAAUCUAAACUUACUUGUUUAUAUGGUGCAGUGGCACAAAAAUCUUAUGGUUCAGAAAAGAGAUUUCUUUGUCCUCCACCUCUUGUACAGAUAAACUCUGAACAAAGACAAGACAUGCAACUGUCCAUGUCUAUUCUCUGUGAGGAUAAUGAUAUACUAGAGCAACGUACCUCUCUAGAUGAUAAUCAAAAUGGCAGUUUUCGCUAUUUACAUGUUACUGGAACAGCCAAGGCAAAGCACUUUAAGCUUCAGCUCAAUUUACUUCAAAACGAUACUUCAUACGCCACCUUUUUAUCGAAACCUAUCUCUAUCAUCUCAAAGCCAUCUAAAAAGACAGCCAAGACAUCGAGGAAUAUCUCUAGCUGCAUCUUGGCUAAUACACCCGUCUCACUUUUCAAUCGCAUCAAUUCUCAAACAGUACGCACCAAAUACAUGACGACAAGUGAUCACAGACUAUGCGCAAAGAAUUCGACCUGGUCACCCUUUGAUAUCAUCGUCUUACGCCAACCAAAGCAAGCGAAUGAAGUGGUUGUCACGAAGCCUUCUAAAUCACCACAUACCUCACGACUGCACCUUCAAAAGACCUCUGUCGCUCACUUAACCUAUGGCACCGAAAUCAUUCUUCGAGAAUCCAAGACGAACGUGUCGUCUCCUCCUCUUAUUCUCUGCAAGGUGGAUCGUGGUCGUAUUGCUUCAUCUGCUUGCGGUCCCGUCAGUCAGAUGCAAAAGAUUGCUCUCAGACUUGCUUCCUCCGAUAAUCUUUACCUUAGUGCGGCUGGUUCCGACACUCAGCAAGAUUCAAAUCACUCUUGGCUAGAUUAUGCGCCAUCGAAACGAUAUCAAGACAACAUUGAGUACAUGGAAGACCAUCUUUGCUGGACGAUUGUAGGCAUUCAUGUCCUUGAAGAAGAAUUUGAAGAUGUCCCAUCUUUGGUUACAACUCCAAUGCAGCCUAUGGCUCCUCCUUCUCCCCCUUCCCCACAACCCUCUCGAUUGAUCACACCUUAUCCUCUCAUCACUCACGUCGAAUACAUUCCAGAGUCCUAUACUCUCAACGUCAUCGGUCAACAUCUCUUUCAGGCUGCUCCUGUGCCUCGGUUACUAGAGCCCUGGAUAGGUACGCAUGGCCCUCUCGUAGCCACUGUCUUAAGGCCACCUCCUGCGCAUGCUCCUCAUGAGACCUACUGGUCUAUUCAAUUACCUCACCCUUCUUCUGAAUUUGCUCAUGAAGAAUUACCUCUGCUUCUCGUUCGUCAGGAUGGACUUGUGUAUCAUACAGGCAAAAUAUUAGUAUGUGAUCUCAACGGUCACUGGUCGUGUAAAUAAUAAUAAUAAUAAAUUCAUAUUUUCUCUUUUUUCUUCUCC